UGUACACAGCAACAAACACAGGAUAUUUUGUUAUGUGCGCUUUUCUAACAUUAUCUUUUAGCUAUUGUCUUAAUACUACCACGGAAUGUUUAACACCCAAGUAUGAAUAUGUGAGUGGAAAGAAACUUUCAGACUUUCCAUUCAAGCUUUUUUAUAAGAUAGGUCUGAAUUCGUGUUACAAGGAAUGCCAGGCUCAUGGGGGUUGUCUUUCAGCUAACUUUGACCGAAAACAUUUAACAUGCCAAUUGUUCAGUGUUAAGAAAAGUGACACCAAGCUGUUAAUAGACGAUAUGGAUUUUGUUCAUGUGGAGUUACCAGACACUUCGGAUGGAAGAAAAAUUUGCGGCGAAGUUUCAUGCAACAACUAUUCAACUCGUGUAGUUACAACUUUUAAUAAAAGCAUGUGCAUUAAAACAGACUGUGCAGAACCUAUGCCAACGUUGACAAAUGGCAAGGCAAUUAUUCGGACGAAUAAUCCAAUAUCGGCAACGUUCGGCUGCAACAUUGGAUUCACCGGUGUUGGUUCUAAAAACACCAUUCAUUGCUCUCCAGGGGGAAGAUGGACAUUAUUAUCUUACAGAUGUGAGCCACCAAUUCACGGUAACUGGGGCAGUUGGAGUGGAUGGAAUUCGUGUUCUAGGACGUGUGGAGGUGGAACAAAAUCCCGAUCAAGGAGCUGUAAUAAUCCAAGUCCCAUGUACGGAGGAAACUACUGUAGUGGAAGUUCAAUAGACACUGCAUCGUGCAACACGAACAGUUGUCCGAUUGACGGAGGUUGGGGGUCUUGGGGAGGAUGGUCUUCAUGCUCGAAAACCUGUGAUACUGGAAGUAAGUCUAGGAGUAGAAGUUGUAACAAUCCUUACCCCCAGUACGGCGGAGCAGGCUGCAGCGGCACAUCACAGGAGAGUAAGAGCUGUCAAAUAGAGGAAUGCGGAUGGUGGGGGAAAAGAAGAAAGAGAAAUACGGUCUAGGACUUGAUAUUCACGACGAUGAACGUCUUUUCAUUAUGCUUUAUAUGUACACAAAGCGUCAAGCUGACUGUGCAACUUUAUGAAUUUUUCACUUAACUUUGGAAAGUAAAACAUUUUGUGU